AUGACAAACUCAACGAUAGCUAUUAUCAAGCAGGACUCGAAUAUGGCUUUCAUAGCUGGCGGUAUAGCAGGUGCUAUCUCUAGAACAGUUGUUUCGCCAUUUGAGAGAGUAAAGAUAUUAUUACAGGUUCAGAAUCACACCGGUAAUUCAUACAAUAAUGGGAUCUUCAAAGCUAUCAAACAAGUAUACUUGGAAGAAAACGUAAAAGGUUUGUUCCGUGGUAAUGGAGUGAACUGUCUAAGGAUUUUUCCAUAUAGUGCUGUUCAAUUUGUAGUAUAUGAAUACUCUAAAAAACAUUUUUUCCAUGUUGAUGGUAGUAUUGGUAAGGAACAAUUGAAUAACUGGCAAAGAUUAUUUAGUGGAGGUCUCUGUGGUGGUUGUAGUGUAGUUGCUACCUACCCAUUAGACUUAGUUAGGACAAGACUUUCUAUACAGACAGCAAAUUUACAACAUUUAAAACAUGGUAAAGCUAAUAAUAUGAGUAAACCACCUGGGAUAUGGCAUUUAUUAAAUAGAGUUUAUCAUGAAGAAGGGAAGAUUGUUGGAUUAUACAGAGGUGUAUGGCCUACAAUGUUGUGCAUUGUUCCUUAUGUUGCGUUAAAUUUUGCAGUUUAUGAACAAUUAAAAGAAUAUAUUCCAAGUAAUGAUGGCACCAGACAAAGAUAUUGGGAAGAUAAUUUUCUAAAAUUAAGUAUUGGUGCAGUGAGUGGAGGUGUUGCACAAACGUUGACAUAUCCAUUUGAUUUAUUAAGAAGAAGAUUUCAAAUUCUAACAAUGGGUAAUAAUGAAUUAGGGUUCCAUUAUACAGGUGUUUAUGAUGCCUUAAGAACAAUUGGUAAAAAUGAAGGUUUCAAAGGUUAUUAUAAAGGUCUGACUGCUAAUUUAUUUAAAGUGGUCCCCUCUACUGCAGUUAGUUGGUUGGUUUAUGAAGUGGUAUGUGAUGUAAUUAAAACCAUGUAA